AGGGGCUACACUGUAACUAUUGUUGCUACGAAGUAAAAUGGCGAUUAGUCUGCUGUUGACGCUUUUGGCUGCCGCAGAAUUGGCCAGUGGGCGGCAGUUCAACAUCCAGAACAACUUGGGUUACACGAUAUGGGUUGGAAUCCUGGGAAAUUCUGGGAAAGGAACACCAGACAAUGGAGGUUUCCGUCUAGACCAUGGACAACGUAGAUCUGUCGGCGUUGCCGAUGACUGGGGCGGCAGGUUUUGGGCCCGCACCGGGUGCAACUUCAACCAAAAUGGUCAAGGUCACUGUGCGACCGGAGACUGCGGCGAUAAGCUGCAGUGCAACGGAGCAGGCGGAGUGCCUCCAGCGACCCUGGCGGAAGUGACGCUCAAGGGCAGUGGAGGUCAGGACUACUAUGACGUGAGCCUCGUGGACGGCUUCAAUGUCCCCGUACAGAUGAAACCGACAAACGGGCAGGGAGGCAGUGGGUACAGAUGUACCACAGCAGGCUGCAACAAAAACCUGAACCCGGGAUGCCCAAAUGACCUGAAGGUGCAGAGUGGCGGCAAUGUUGUUGGUUGCAAGAGUUCCUGCGUCGCUCACAACACAGAUCAGUUCUGCUGUCGUGGCCAGUACAACAACCCAAACGUCUGCAAGGCCAGCCCCUCUGCUGGUUACUUCAAGGGCAACUGCCCUCACGCCUACGGUUAUGCCUAUGAUGAUAAAACAAGCACUUUUACGUGUGCAAACACGGAUUACGAUAUCAUCUUCGGGUAAUGAAUUCUCCAUAUAAGAAAGAAAUAUACCUCUUUUAAACUGUGUCUGAAGCAUCGCUGAGGUUACGUAAACGAUAGAUAAUGACGUAGAAUGCGAUUGCGUCAUCAGUAGAAAAUUACUGGAUUUUAUUUUCAACGUAAGAAUGGAACCAAAGUAGCCAGACUGAAAAGUCUGGUUGAACACAGGACUUUUCUUCCGUGAAGUUGACUGCUCAAGACACUGCAUACCCUCAGACAUGUUUCAGACAGAAUAUGUACAGAUUGUUUAGAAAUUUGGCGAGGGAAAUUGUUUAGGAUUAUAUAGCUCUUUCAGACCCACGUCAGUUCUUUCUUGCAGAGUGAUGGACGUAACAGAACUUUCGUAUUCUCUUUGUUUCUCUUCUUAUUAUCUUCCCUUUCCUCCUACCCUUAUCUUCUUAUUUCUUUUAAUUUUCACCAAUCUUUCCUCGUUUAUUUCCCACAAAUUCCUCCACUUCCUCUUUUCUUUCUUCUCUUUCAUUUUCUUCCUCGUUUCUUUUCAAUUUUCUUGUGCUUCUUUCGCCUUCUCCUCUUAUUAUAUUGUGCCUCAUCUCCUUGUUAUUCUUCUCCUUAACGUUUCCUCCUUCUCCAUGUUUGUUUCCACUAUUCUGCGUUCAGGGUGUGAAAGUGUUGAUCGGUUUUCUGCCAAUUUCUUUUGUGCACUUCCCAUUCCCUUGUGUUUCACAUCUGCACUUCCAAUUCUUCUGAUUGGUAAAACACUUAAAAUAUUGUUUUGUGGGCGUUCCUGCUCUUGGAGACUUAAUUUUGUAACUGAAUCAUAAAGGUAAGGUAAUGCCUUCAGCAGGCGUCUCAGUGUCAGCGCUAUGUAACGGUUCCACAGGUAAGACAGUGCCCUUGAGCCAUGUUACACGAAGAUAUUGCAAAUAUUGGAUUCCUUAGGACACUACUUGAAGCCACUUUAGCAGAGAGAACAGCAGAUUUAAAAAGCGAGACUUACCCGAAAGUGAUAACAUGGCAGAAAUGAGGAAGUGUCAGGCGACCAGGGAACAACACUCAAUAGGACGCAAGAUUGUAGACUACCGAAAUUACUAUAUUUAUAAAACUAAAAAGGAGAAAGAGCUAUAAGAAGACCUAGCAGUAGAUGGGAGACACCAGUUUUAAAACUUAUGAUAAUUGAACGUAGGUUGCAGCACCCAGUCCGUGAGUUGGAAGGAGAAGACGAGGUUUUAUGCAGUAAUAACUGUUAUGAACUGUGUUUCUGUUUGUGCCUUAUUGUCUUUAGGUUAAUUCGAUAUUCGUAGCGUUCUGGGCUUCCAAUACAAAGAAAUGAGGCCUUUGAUGGUAACUGACUCAAGGUAAAAUCACUUUGCCCUUAAAAUGAAACGUGAAGUCGCGGUCUCGAUAUAUCUAAUUUAUUAUUUUGAAUAAAUGCAUUUAAAACACCGACAUGUUUCCGUCAUAAAUGACCAUCUUGACGGUGAUACCAUAUAUUGAAUUAAACUUUACAAAUAGAAGAAAAUAAAAUUGAAUAUACUCGGAUGGUGACGUCACAUCCUAUUUUAGCAUAAAAAGUGUAUCGGUAAAUGGAACCAUAUCUGACCAGUUCGCUGUAUCAAGUUGUCCUGUUUUGUAAUAACUGUGAACAGGCUUGUUGUUACCGACAUAGAAAUAUAAAUUGCGGUGUCUUUUUCCUGUCUUAUCCCAUACACUUAUGUAAGUGUAAGUGCACAGUAUUCACGUACUGUGAGAUUUUGAUGUGGAGUUUCCAGUGUUCACCGCGAUAUAAAACACACAUUUUUCAUACAAAGGUAUAUAAAGCAAUAAACCUGCAUUAAUUUCUCAUAUAUAAAA